UCUCCUCCUCUCGAAAAGGAUAACGAGUCUUCUAGACCGCUCCCAAAUUCCUCGCCACCGACCCUCCCCUCUCUUUCCCAAUGACAGUCGGAUUUGAAUUGGGCGAGGAUCCAUCCCCACCCGAGCUCAGAGCUCCCGCAACAUAGCCGCCGGUAGACAGAGCUCGGAGCUCCCGCAGCCAUGGCUGCCCGUAAACAGGGCUCCGCCGUCUGGAUCUCGCGUCACCGCUCUCCUCUGCUGCCUCUCGGACUUCCCUUGCUCUGGAUCCAGUCCACCAAGAGCCCAGCCUCGCUGCCAAGUCCAUUGCCGCCGCCUGCGUCCUAUGUGCCGACAGCAAGCACCGCCACAUCUGUCCCCCUAUGCAUGGUGGGAUGCGCCAGCCUGCCGGCCUGCCCCGCAGCCCCCUCGCCGACAUGGGCCCGAGGCCCAUGAGGUGAGGCAGCCGCCUCUCCUCGCAUGGCGAGGCAGCUGGAGAAGUAGCUGCGGGACCAGAGGCUGCCGCAGGAUGAGAUACUGUGCUGCUGCUGUGUCUAGUGGUUGAAGAAGGGGUGUGCUGGGAAGAGGAGUUAGUGUUGAGAGUGCUCGAUCUGGAACAGGACAAGCUUGGGCUGCACUGGUGUGUUUGCUGCUGCUGAAUUUUUCCGGGGCAUUGCAGAUGCGGAGGAGUUUUCCCGAGGCUAUCUGCUUGUUCCCAGCCGCGCUGGUGUCAACUACCUCGAGCCACUAUGACCACCCCCCGUAAGUCAUGUGUUUCUCCUACCAGAUCAAAAAAACGUCAACUUUUGGAGUAUAGUUGUGUAUCAGAUCCGUUCAUGAUUUAAAUUGUGGUCUCCUAAACAUGUGAUUUGUGAAACGUUUAGGAACGAAUUGUUUGUUGAUCUGCAAAGGGGGGUUCAAUUAAUUUUCAAUUGUAGAAGAAGGGAGAAGGGGGAUUCAAUUGAUUUUCCUCCUCAUGAUCAAAAGAAAAAAAAUCUUUGCCGUGAUGAUAGACGGGGUUCAUGUUAAUACACAGACUACUGUUAAGGGCAUUAAAACUUAUAUCUGCUGUGAAAUGGUCGUAUAUGCUUGAUUAGGAUAUUUUCAAGUGUUGUAGGUGUAAGGCUGUGGGAAAACGUUUUCGUGGUCUAAUUCUCCGGUCAAUAUAUGGCACAUCAGAAUUUCUGGUCCACUAAUGCCCCUCCAUUCAUUUCUAAUAUAGGGAACAAUAAACAAUUCUAGAGGAAAAGCACCCGACCUGUGAAACCUAGCGCCGCCAGUUUCCCUGCCCCGUCUUGCCGUCACCGGAGGGGCCGACCGACGAAGCUUGGUUGGCUCCCGGGAUGGCGGCGGCGGGGCGCUUUUCGGGCUUGUGCGCGGCGCCGGUGAGCGCGGCGUUGGCCGCUGGAUUGAGCGUAGUUCCCCACGUGGGCUGCUGGAUCUGGCGGCGGCGGCUGCCUCGACGGAGAUUGUGAUUGUUCGUAGUAGAAUGUAUGCACGAGACAUGAAUCUUGGAUUCAAUAUUUUUUCCUCGAUGUAUGGGCUUCCUCGAACUUUUUGUAUAUUGCACACAACACAACACAUAAAUUCAUGGAUACUAAAUUUUUAAAUGAUUUGAACUCGUGUUGUUUUCUAUUCUAUUGUCAUUGGUUCAUCACUCUGAACCAAAAUCAAUUGUUGGAACUCUGGCAUAUAUUGGUCCUAAAGUUAUGCUGAAGAAAGAAUAUGACGCAAGCUAUGAUCCAUCCUAUUUGUGAUUUAAACGGUCUGCUGCAUACUCUGCCAUCUACUGCAUACUUAAUUCUGUUUGCUCGGCCAUAAAAGCCUUACUUGAUUUCUGGAUCUUCCAUUCACCUUCCGUUGCCAUGAGUGGUGAAUGGUCUUGAGGAGUAAUCAUUUAGAUACUAUAUGUUUUUUGCUCAAGCACUAAUAUUAUGUCUUUGAACGGCCUAUGCGUGGAUGUGGGAUAACCCUUUCUGUGAUGUUGGUUGGUGCUUACCCUCUCGAGGAUCCACAAGAUCCAAAAAAAAGGAAAUUCAGGUAUGUUGCCAGUUGCUAAGUUUAUCGACUCAAAAGUUGUAAGUUCUAGCCAAAAAACUAAAUACUGAGCUCAAAUUGCAUAAAGUAUUGGGUGUUCAGUACUGGAUUUUAGGCUAUGUUCAUAUCUCUAGAGUGCCGAGACCUUAUCUCAGGGAUGUUUUUUGGUAACACGAUGUCGACAUCGAUAACAGCAGAGAGAUAAUAUACGCCUUAUAAUCUUGUAAUUAUAUGUGGAGAAGUAGUUGUGGUGUUCCUUCCACCUUUAUGAAUUAGUCUGUGAAGAGGUGAAUAGUUAGGAGCCCCAUGGAGCGAAACAAAGAUUAUGUUCAGGCUACAGAUUAUAUUCAUACUACAGCUUGAGUCUGAAUUUGUGUCGAUACAUGAAAAUGUCAUGUGUGCCAAGAAAAGUAUGUUUAGAUGCACAACCAAUUUUGGUGUGCAUUUCUUAUUUAUUUAUUUUUGAGUUGGACGUGUGCAUUUCUAAUUAGAAGUAGAAGAAGAAAGAUGUGACAUGGACUUCCUAAGAUUACAUACUCAUCGUUGAAUAGUAUAGUUAGAAAAAUAGUAAUAAAAUUCAAAAAUCUUACUUCUUUUGGCGACAAAUAUGCUGGAGUGUGAUGGUUUUGCGUCGGAUUUCGUGAAGGAAUAACAUAAAUGGUGGUCUGGACAAACGAAAAUUGACUAUUUUUAAAGCUUCUUGGAGCAUUCAUUUUGUUUAAUUUUGUACAAAGCAUCACAAGUAUUUUUUUUCUUCAUCAAAUUUUGCACACAACCAAAAAAAUGUAAUUUUGUUGGGGAGCAGGAUUGCACAUCUCACAGAAGAUAAAGAUAUCAAUAUGGUUAAAAUAUGGUUAGACAUGAGACCUAUUCAUGCAUAGUUCAAUCUCAACAUGCAUCUUGUUGUUCCGUGCAACGCACGGACAUCUUACUAGUAUAGAUACAGAUGCUUCGUGAUAAAAAGUAGUUUCAGGCAUCUACAUAUAUAUGUUCUCCCCAAUGCAAGCUACCACUAGUGGGCCUCAUUAAGAAAUAAAAAAUAAAGACUCUAGUACACAUGCAUCUUUACUUUUCAUUUAAACCUUUUCAACUUUUGUCACCGGACCACACUUUUUCUCUCCAAGCACCCGCCUCCUGAAGAGGAUCCCGCUUCCUUAUCCGAACCUACUUUAUCUGAUAUCCGAUCCUACAUGACAUGCGAGGCAUCACCCUAGGGCUAUGCAUUGUACAUGCCCUUAUCAGCCGGUUGAGAGGAAUGAUCUUCCAUAUAUACGCAUGCUUACAGUUUCUUCGUGUCUACUACUCCCUCUUCCCAAAUAUAUCUCUUUCUAAAGGUUCUAACAAGUGACUAUAUACAGAGCAAAAUGAGUGAAUCUACACAUUCAAAUACGUCUACAUACAUCCCUAUGUUGUAGUUCAUUUGAAAUGUCUGAAAAGACCUAUAUUUAGCAACGGAGGGAGUAUAUGUUUGAAUUAAUGUAUACUUGUGCUUUUAUAAUUUUCUUUCUUUCUAGUGACAUUUAAGAACAGAAAAAUACGUGAAAAAAUAAGACCAUACCCCAUAUUUUAUAAAUUUUAAGAGAAAUAUUAUAGUCUAUUUUUUAGUGGAACUUUUUUCCAAACAAAUAGAAAGAAACAUGGAACUAAUUUAUUUAUUUUGACGACAGAAACGUGGGACUACGUCCUGGCAGUGCUUGUAGGAUCGUCAGAAGGUGUGUGGAUGUUUGCCUUCGGUGGAUUUUGUGUGAUUCGGUCGAUAUUUGUCUACAAUGGAUCCACGUGGAUCCAGUCUUCGUCUGUCUACAUUCGUGUGUCUUCAGUUUGCAUCCUUCCGAUCUAUACUUUUCUUCAUCGGUGGCGGUUGCUGUUCUGAUGCGCUGGUCUUAUGGGGCCUUAGCACGAUAACUUUCCGACUAUCUACCAUAAUAAGUUUUGCCCGACUUCGGAGAGGGAGUGGUGAUGACGGCGGCGCGUCUUCGACUCGCUUCAGUGUUUGUAGUCGUCACUAGAUGGUCUAACGAUCUAGAUAUAUAUUUUUUAAUUUUUGGUGUUCGUUGUACUGUCACGAUUGAGGAUGAAUAGGUUGGAAGAUUUCCUGUAAAAAAAGAACUAUUUUAGGCAAAAAUUAAAGGUGUUUUGUGUUUUCACGUUUACUACUCAACGGCAAGCCCAGCCCAAUUCUCAUGCCCUCGACCGAGCUACCUGACUCUCUCUCGGCCCUGGAACGGAAAAACAACUCUCUCCUCUGUCGAAAAAAAAGCUCGCUCGCCCAUAUUUCAGGCACGGGCGCAACGAGGGCGCCCCAAGGCGGCGGCGGCGGCAACCACGACCCGCGCUCAGGCCGCGCAUAGGCCCUGGGGUUGCUGUCCAACCGGCGGCGUGCCGGCUAUUCCCCGCAGAUCUACCGGCAACUAACGAUCUGGAAAUGAGGAAUGUGAAAGCUAAAAUGGCCACGCACGAAAUGGAGCAAGACAUUUCUCUGCAGCAAGGCGGCACCAGCCGUCGCCUAUCCAGACGCCUCACUGAUCCUGCCCAAUCCACAUGGGCAUCACUGCACACAGAUCUGCUCGACCUGAUUGCCAGUCGGGUACUCGCCAGCGACCUUCUGGACUACGUCCGGUUCCGUGCAGUGUGCUUAGGAUGGCGUGUCAUGACUCCUUGCCCACGCGGUCGAGGUGUGGUCGACCCGUGCUUCCACCCACGUCAGUGGAUGAUGUUCCCAGAAGGUGACGGUCUGUACCCAGGCCACCCUGCACUACUUGGCUACGUACGCUUCUUCAACCUCUCUACCGGCACCUUCGUUCGCGUCCGACUCCCUUGCUUCAGAAACCACUCUGUGCUUGACUGCCCUGACGGCCUCCUUCUCCUGCGGGACAACAAGAGCACUGCCAUCCGCCUCCUCCAUCCCUUUACAGGCGACGUUGUCUUGUUCUCGCCUCUUUCCUCCAUCUUCCCUCAGCUGGCCAAGUUAGGGUGCUUCAUCAGUGACUCUGACAAUAUUCAGUACACCCGGUUUGUCCGCGGAUCCGUGUCUGUCAAUCUGGCUGGCACUGUCACCAUGAUGCUCGGGUUGGGUCGCCUUGAUCGUGUGGCCUAUGCAUCCACAGGUGACCGGCAGUGGACUCCUACGAGCUGGAAAAUGAAGCACUUGUACUCAGCAUUGCCGUUAGGUGGCAGCCUCUAUGUGGUGGAUGGAGGGUGGGGUCUCGAGCCAUCGCGCGUCCUGCGCAUUGAUCCUCCAGAAGAUUCCAAUCCCUCCUCAUGGUCAGUGAUACCACCGCAAAUGGUCACCCAGUGUCCAGUGGAACUGUUGAGGAGUCCUGAGCUGGUAGAGUGCAACUCCGAGCUGCUUUUGGUUGGCUAUGACAGUGAACACUCAAAGAUUGUGCUUUUCCGAGUUGCUGAUCUUCUAAAUGGAGUCACCACCAUCCAGCUGACAAGCAUCGGUGACCAAGCCCUCUUCAUCGGCGCCUGCAACAUGGCUGUUAACUCCAAGUUCCUGCCAUCCGUCCAGGGGAAUUCCAUCGCCAUUGUCAAUGAAAUAGGUGGUGGUGUUAUGGGCAGGGGAACUCUACCGCUAUACGACCUGGGCAACAGUACCUGGUCGCAGGUGUUUGACGGAAACUUCGUCGAUAGCCCCAUGCCUAGGCCAUACAGCCUUGUCCUCCACGUCACAACCUGCUGCCACCGCCUUUUCUGGAACAGUGGGGACAUCUUGUGUUUCAAACAAGGCUGAGCAGAGGAGUGAACUGCGGACUGGAGCAUAUGUUAUCCCGUAGCUUUAUCUGCAUAUAUAACACAAUGAGCCGAAGGUUCAGCCCAUACCCAUUUAUGUUGUGCAUCUACUUGUUCCUGUGUUAUCCCAGUCCUGUGCUACUAUCCCAAAAUUGUCGUGCGCCCUUCAGCUUGGAGACCAUGCUUUUAUCGUAGUAUAUGCACUUUGAGAAGGUAAUUAUGCUUCUUUUUUGUUAUAUCAGAUUAGAAUCUAGCUUCAUUAAGUGGUAUUGAUACAUUAUCUGUAGUGUUGAGUUAGCAUUCUCGCUAUUUGUUUUUUUGGAAGGCAAAAGUUGAUGUUUCAGGUUUGGGUCUCAAAUCCCUGAAUCUGAUUCGAGCUCAUGCCUUGGUUGCUUCCUCCUCGUUGCAAUCAUUCUCUCUGCUUUGGUGAGCCCAAA